AAAGUAAACAAGUACAUUGAAUUCAGCACUGCUACUGAAUCAGUAGCAAUGGUUCGUCUGUGUGUCUUUGUCACAGUUUUAGCGGCUGCGACUGUUUCGGUAUCAAUCAGGAAUGCGGGUAAGGAUUGGUACAAGAAUAGUUUGGUGUAUCAGGUUUACCCGAGAAGUUUCAAAGACAGUGACGGAGACGGUAUAGGCGAUUUGAACGGCAUCACGAGCAAGUUGGGACACAUCGUGAACAUCGGCGCUGACGCGUUAUGGCUGUCGCCGAUCUACACCAGCCCGCAGUUUGAUUUUGGCUAUGACGUCUCUAAUUACACCGACGUGGAUAAGGAUUACGGCACUCUGGCCGAUUUCGACAGACUCGUGGCGACGGCGAAGUCUCUUGGACUGCGAAUAAUUCUCGAUUUUGUGCCGAAUCACAGCUCCUGCGAGCACGAAUGGUUCAAAAAGAGCGUACAGCGAAUCAAGCCGUAUGACGAGUAUUACGUGUGGCGCGACGCGAAAAUAGUAAACGGGACCAGGAAGCCACCGAACAACUGGCUGAGUGCGGUCAAAGGUUCCGCCUGGGAAUGGAACGCGGCGCGGAAACAAUAUUAUUUGCACAAGUUCAACGUCGUCCAGGCGGAUCUCAAUUAUCGCAGCGCAGCUUUGCAACGUGAGAUGAAAAACGUAUUGACUUUCUGGCUGAAUCGGGGCGUGGAUGGCUUCCGCAUCGACGCUAUCAGUCACCUGUACGAGGACGCGCGUUUCCUGGACGAGCCGCGAAAAAACGCGUCACCGGAUGACGACGAAUACGAGACUCUGGAUCAUAUUUACACGAUAAAUCUUAACGAGACUUACGCCGUUCUGAGAUCUUGGAGGGAAUUGCUGAAUAACCAUUCGAACACCACUGACACGAGAUUAAUCCUGACUGAGGGUGACGCGGAUUUCGAAGCGUAUUACAAAUCGGGUUCGAAUGUGCCGUUCAACUUUAUGUUCAUUCUCAGUCUCAAUAAUAAAUCCAGCGCAGCAGACUUCAAGCGAUCCAUCGACAGUUGGAUGAAUCUUAUACCUAAUAAUCCCGACUACGUCGCGAACUGGGUGGUCGGAAAUCACGAUAAUCAUCGCGUAGCUUCCAGAUUCGGUGAGAAACGGGCCGAUCAACUUUCCAUGCUGGCGACCAUUCUGCCCGGCGUGAGCGUGAUUUACAACGGCGAUGAGAUUGGCAUGCUCGAUAGGAAUUUUACGUAUGCGGAAACCGUGGAUCCCAUUGGUUGCAUCGCCGGGCCCAACAGGUAUCAUUUGAAGUCGAGAGAUCCGGCGAGAACGCCGUUCCACUGGGACAACAGCACCAGCGCCGGUUUUUCCAUUAAUAAUAAAACCUGGCUUCCGGUGCACACCAAUUACAAGACGCUGAAUUUAGCGGCGCAGAAGACCGCGGCCGUGUCCCAUUACAAAGUAUUCCAAGCACUAACGCGACUGAAGAGAAAGCCGGUUAUCGAGCGGGGCUCUCUGGAAACCGUAUUGGUCACCGAGAAAAUCCUAGGAGCCGUACGGCGACUCGACGCAUCUGUCGUGGCGCUUAUGGUUAACUUCGCCGACACACCCGUUACCGUCGACGCCAGGACUUGGAUGAAUAUUCCGGAGCAGUUGAUCGUUUAUGCGCCCAGCGUGCUCUCCGGGCUGCUCGCCGGAUCGCGCGUUGACACGACUCGCAUCACCAUGCCCGCUUCGGCUUCCGUUGUGCUCACCACAGCAGAUUUGGUUUAGUAAAUUUCUGCCUAUCUUGUACUCGUGGGUAACUUUCGUGGGUAACAUAGAACUUUCGAAUAUAUAUAUAACAUGUAUACGAUUCCGCAGGCGAAGCGUCUUGUAUGAUGUACGAUAUAGAUAGCAGAUGCAAGUUCUUUUUUUUGUUAAUAAUUUUUUUGUCGAUUUUAACGUACAUUUAUUUAAUUCUGAUAAUGCUGCAUA